CACGUGCUUGGUCCUGUUUACCCCGAGCUCUCGCCAGAGAGUCUCUAUACGUUUUGUUUGUUGUUUAUAAUGGAAAAACAAAUGCUGAUUUCAGCUGUCCUUCGUUAUUUUCGCAUGGUUUUCUUACUGCUGCUGGUCAACUGCAGCUGCCCUCUGGUCGGAUCUGCCUCCAAUGCGCUGCACAAACUGGGGGACUUCACCUACCCGUACAGCAGCAUCUUCUCCCCGCUGCUCAAAGCCCUGUCAGAGCACGGAGGGUCGAGGUGGAACCAGGAACUGAAGAAAAAGAUCAAACCCGAGCACAGGUACAUCAAGUAUCUGACGAAGGUUUACAAUAAAUCCUCCAGAGUGCAGAGAAGUUUGGACGGGAAUAAAAUCUAUAACACACUCCGACUGAUUAAGCCACAAGAUGAAUGUCAAGCACAAAGUUAUGAAGAGAGUUUUAUGCAGGAUCAUUCCUACAGCCUUGAUCAAGUUAGAAGAAAAGAGCAGCUCCUGAAGUCAACCCUGCUGUACAGUUUUGACCAUGACCUCGCAGCACCCGUCAACUCUGUAUGCUACCUGAGUCUGGAGAAGCUGGAGCACCUCAACCAGUGUCCUCUGUGUCCCCGGAUCCACCAUGCUGGGAACUUCACAGUCAGCACAGCCGGGGGGAGCAGGAGGAACUGGGUGGAGGUCGAUGUCACAUCGUUUCUCAGGCCUCUCUUAAGAUUUCACAAGAAGAAUAUACACCUGCACAUUAAUGUCACCUGCCCAGGGGAACGGAAAGCCAGAUAUGAUGGGCGCAAAGCCUCCCUAAAUUUCACCCUGAAUUCCCCUCUUCUGCUUCUUUAUCUCUAUGACACGAGCAAAAUCGACAACCAGAGGUUUCUGGACAAUUCCAUCGCGGGUCAAAGGCCAGAAACCGCAGGGAACACUUUUCACAAGCAGAUGGCUUUCAAAACAGAACAGAGGAUUGGGCGAAAGAGGAGAUGGAAGAGGGAAUCUCCAAAGAGCAAACAAGCUGAUAAAAUUCUGGAACUCCACCUGCCUGAGCUUCUCUCCAGCUCUGAAUUCCCGACAAGCAACUGUGCCUUGUAUGAUUUCAGGGUGCGAUUCAACCAGCUUAAACUGGAACACUGGAUUGUAUAUCCACCCAAGUACAACCCCAGGUACUGCAGCGGCGUCUGCCCGAGGACCUUGGGAUUCAUCUACGGCUCGCCUGUCCACGCCAUGGUGCAAACCAUCAUCUAUGAGAACCUUGACUCCUCUGUGCCUCGGCCCUCGUGCAUCCCCUCCCACUACAGCCCGUUGAGUGUCAUGAUCUUUGAAAAGGAUGGCUCCUAUGUGUACAAGGAGUUGGAAGAUAUGAUUGCUACCAGGUGCACAUGUCGCUAAGCCAGCUGCCAACAUGUCUGUUCUAUUUUCCUCCUUUUUUUACAGGCUUCCUAUAACAUCAACACAAACCCCUUCAGCAGUCCUCACCGGUGGACUCUAUCCAAUAUUGGAUACUUUGACUAAGCUCAGUGAUUUCAUGAAUUUAUAAAAAUCAUUGUGCAUGAAGUUUGAUCUGGAGCAGGUGUGUUUACUAAACAAAAAGUAUUUUAUCCUUGUGAAAAAUGUGGAAAUGUGACACUUUUGUUAAGGCGUGAAGAAAGGUUAAUGGAUCCUAUUCUUCAACUCUGACACACUUUAAGAAGAAACAUUUGUGUUGUAUAAUUUACAACAAAAGUUAUAUUUCUGUUAACUUAUUUUGGGUUGGUGGUCUGUCAUUAUUCUUUAAUUUAACACAAUUGCCAAGUUUUAAGUAGCCCUGUUCUGGACAAAAGAUGGAAAAAACAAACUCUUAUCAAACCUUUUACAUACCAUUUUAUUCCUGGGGAUUAAUGAUAGCUGUCUCAAUGGUAACUGUCAUCAUAAUGUCCAGAAUGAAAGUUGUCAAGGUUUCAGUGUGUAUUUAUUACUUCUGGUCACUGCGUGACUGCAUAGGAAACCUACAGUAUGGAUUGAGUGCAUAAUUGUGAAUUUCUGAUGGUUGAAUGAGACUAAAUGCUUGUCAUGUCUAUUUAUGCAGAUGUAAUUAAUUCACUGUGCUCGGUUUAGGGAUAUUCAAAGGAGUGAAAAUGUGAAAACAUUGUUUGAAAGGUUUGAAAAUAAAAAAAAAGAACAUGCAUAAAUGUUGAGUAUA